UUUUUUCACAUCAUAGGUGUACAAACCGAAAGUGCAAAUUCAAAACCAAAUCAACCCUCCCGUCAAUAUGGCUACCGCCCAGGGACAGGACAUCAUUCGUUGCGAGUUAUGCUUUAACUCGGUGGAACAUCAUUGUAAUCUUUGUCAUGUAGAUCUCUGUUCUACCUGCAUACCAAAUCACAUGGCUGACAAGUCACGAAGGCAUGAAAUUGUUGAGUUUCUUUACAGAAAGAAAGGACCCGUCUUACCGCCGUGCCUAUCCCACAAGAAAAACCAUUGCGAGAUGUAUUGCCAAGACUGUAAGACACCGACUUGUACACAGUGUGUUACAAGUACACACAAAAAGCAUGACAUUACUGAAAUUAGUGAGGUUCUCGAGAAUCUUACACGGCAAAUUAUUGCUGACACAAAAGAACUGGAAAACAUCAUUGUUCCAAAAUACAGAAAUGUAAGUCCCGUCGGAUCUGCAACAGAAUAUGAACGAGUUUUAAUCGCUAUACAAAACCAAGACGAAAAAAUCUGCAAAGCUGUACAUAUAGUUUGCAACAACCUCAAAAAUCAGGUGAUCAAUCAAAAGAAAGAAGCUGAAAAGAAGAACACAGAAAAUCAGUCAGUUACAGGCAAAACUGAAAGGGAAAUUAAUGAGGUCAUCAAACAAAACAACUAUAUUCUGAGAUCUAAUGAUGCCACAGCCUUAUUGGACUACCAAUCAAAAAACCAUAACUUUAGAUCAGGUCCCAGUGUCACAGAACUGCCUUGUAACUUAAACUUUUUUCCCUGUCCCGUCAAAGAAAGCAACAUACUGCAAAUAUUUGGUUCCCUUCAGAACACCAAUACACCAAUCAAACAACCUGAAAAAAGAAAGAUUUUAGUCAAACCUACAAUAUUAGACACUAUUCAAAGUCCUUAUGGUAGAUCUUCAACAAAACUCUUUGAAAUACAUUGUGGAGAAGAAGAUACAAUCUUGUUGAGUGGAAGCCAUGGCACAUUCAAAAACAUAGACAGGACUGGGGCCAUUCUAUAUUCAUUUGAAAGUCUUCAUAAUGUUAUAGCAUUGUCCAUGAAUUUGCAGGGGGAACCAGUGUUUUCAACAGGUUGGUCUAGUACAAAUUUGUAUAUUUACAAGAACAAUACAAUGGAGAUACUGUUGAAUCUAUCAGAAUGGUACCCGAGAGGUCUCACCUACACAGCAGCUGGACAACUACUGGUGAGCAUGCGUUCUCAAGAUAUGAAAGAAAGUAGAGUAAUGAGCUACUCAGGAUUUACUGAACUCCAAAAGAUUCAGUAUACCAGUCAGGGUCAGCCUAUAUUUUCUACUGGCAGAGAAGGUCAUCUUCAGCUGACUGUAAGUAGACAUGGAGAAUUCUGUGUGGCUGAUCGCAAUAUGCAAGCCGUAAUUGGUGACGGUAACUUUUUAUGUUACAUAGAUCACAUGAGCAAUGGAGGAAUAAGUGUUGACAGUGAUCACAAUUUGGUUAUUGGAGACAGGGAUAGUGGAAAAAUCCAAAUCAUCAAAUACCUUGAAUAAAGACCUACAGGAUACUGCAACAUUCCGCGGACUUACACCUGCA